UGCAAUGCUUCGGGAGAGAGCAGAUACAUACAUAUUGAAUACAUUACAGCAGAGCGGCUUCGUUUAUAGUGUUGGAAGGUUUCGCUAUAAUGCAGACUGAUGUGCGUUCUUCUUAACGCCCUUACAAGUUGGAGCACAGUAUCGCUAUCUCGAAAUGCCUGCUGCGACAAACAGUUUCUUCAUUUGUUUCCUCUCCGUACUCGUUCGUAUGUACCAAUGUAUGUAGAAACGGGGGCUGUAGACAACCGCGGAGCACCUUUACGUGGAGUAAUCUGAAAGUUAAUGGGAUCGUGGGCCUUGCGACGACCCUUGUGUGUUUUGCAGACUCGAUCCCCACAUUCUCUUCUAGUGCGUGAGGAAGUGAGAGGACAGCUUUGGUGAUACAUAGCCGACAAUGAACGUGGAAAUACCUCCAGUUGCAACAUGGCUGCUGCUUAGAUGUUUAUUGGAAAAGUUCAGCCCUGAACAUUAAGAAAGUUUUAUAAUAAUCCACGUCGCAAAAGAUAACUUUUCUGGCUUAAUUCAGCUCUGGAUUGGACUGGACUGGAUAGGACUACACAGUGAAUCGGAGCGAGUGUAGCUCGCCGUCAUUCAGUUUGGUCUCUGCAUGACAGCAGACCAACACCGAGGGCUUUCCGUGAACACUCUCGCUUUUAACAGCAUUUUCAACUUGGUCAAAGACUUGUAAUCUUUGAGUAGAAAAUGCAUUUCUCCAUCCCCGAGACGGAGGUCCGUUCCAAUGAAAAUGGAUCGACAUAUGUGGCUUACAAUAUCCAUGUGAAUGGUGUCUUGCAUUGUCGAGUACGUUACAGCCAACUCCUAGGCCUCCAUGAACAGAUAAAAAAAGAAUAUGGAAAUAAUGUGGUGCCAGCUUUUCCACCAAAGAAGAUCUUCACCCUCACACCGGCUGAAGUCGAUCAGAGGAGAGAACAGUUAGAGAAGUACAUGCAAGCUGUGCGUCAGGACCCCAUUCUGGGAUCCAGUGAGAUGUUCAACAGCUUUUUGAGAAAAGCUCAACAGGAGACCCAGCAGAUCCCCACUGAGGAGGUGCAGCUGGAAAUCUACCUGUCCAAUGGCCAGAAGGUCAAAGUCAACAUCCUCACAUCUGACCAGACCGAAGAUGUUCUGGAGGCUGUGGCCUCAAAGCUUGACCUUCCUGAUGAGCUGGUGGGAUAUUUCAGCCUCUUCCUGGUUCAGGAGAGGGAGGAUGGGGGCUGCACGUACGUGAGAAAACUGCAAGAAUUUGAGCUGCCCUACGUGUCCAUCACCAGCCUGCAUAGCCCUGACUACCGCAUCGUCCUCCGUAAAAGCUACUGGGACACAGCAUACGACAGUGAUGUUAUGGACGACCGCGUGGGACUCAACUUGUUAUAUGCUCAGACGGUGUCUGACAUUGAGCGGGGAUGGAUCCUCGUGAACAAAGAGCAGCACAGACAGCUGAAAUCCCUGCAGGAGAAAGGCUCAAAGAAGGAGUUCAUCAGAUUGGCUCAGACACUGAAGUACUACGGCUAUAUAAAGUUUGAUCCAUGCAUCACAGAUUUUCCAGAGAAGGGCUGUCAUGUUAUAGUCGGUGCCGGCAACAAUGAACUCAACUUUCAUGUCAAAUUGCCCAAUGAUCAGAUGAAAGAGGGCAGCUUCAAAGUCACACGCAUGAGAUGCUGGCGGGUCACCUCAUCUCAGGUGCCUGUGGCGAACGGUACCGCAAACCCUAGCAGUUCCAGUAAAUGUGACGUGAAACUAGAGCUGGCCUUCGAGUAUUUGAUGAGCAAAGACCGUCUGCAGUGGGUCACCAUCACAAGUCCACAGGCUAUCAUGAUGAGUAUCUGUCUGCAGUCUAUGGUUGAUGAGCUGAUGGUGAAGAAAUCUGGCGGAAGCAUUAAAAAGCAGAUGCAGAAGAAGCGACUGAACGGCACGUUCCAGCGGUCUGACAGUCAGCAAACUGUGAAGUCUCCUCCAUUACUAGUGGGCAUAGAGGAUUCCCCUGAUCCCAGCCGUGAACAAGUAGUGAAACUCUCUACCAAGCUGUCUUCUGUCUCCCUGAGAGGACUUAGUUCUUCCAACUCAGCCAGUGACAUCAGUGGCAAUGAAUUCCAUGGAAACUACGCCUUUGAAGGAAUAGGGGACGAUGACCUGUGAUGGAGCCGUCUUCAAAAACUGGACUAAAGGAGGCAGAUUUGUUUAGCGGUUUCUCUGCGCUGAGUGUAGUUUACUAGUUCUGCAGUAUCGUAAUGCCUUUCUGAAAAAGUCACAUCAAGGGUCUCAAAAUUAGCCUGUCGUACAUAAUUUUGACUCAAGUCUCUCAUUAGUUUUAUGAGAGGCCUCAGAGUCAAUGCUCGCUCAUUUAAA